CUAUCUUAACCCCUCUCUCUCUCUCUCUAAAAUCGACAUGGCCGACUGCAUCGAUUCACCUCCCAUAACUCCGCUCUCUCCAUCGUCCGAAAUCACCCGACGUCUUCCUUCUUCCAUCGGAGAACGCCAUGGCACCUUGGGCUCUGCUUCGCCUGAUGAACGAGGGCGCGAUGGACCACCGGCCACUGCCUCCGGUGUCGAGGGCUCGAUCGAAACUUCGUGCCAAGUGCAAGAAUCGCGUGACUGCGCGUUGGGUACGUUGUCCGCGGAAGUUUGUGCGAGUAUUGUGAACGUGAUGGGCACGUCGAGUUCUCCGAAGGCGCGGGGGUCCGUCUGUUUCCAGGAAGUCAUUGAGGAGGACUCCGCGGAGGAAGCCAAGAGGGGCUCUGUUUUCGAAGCGAUGGGUAACCAGUCUUCUUUGGAUCUGAAUGGCGAUGGGGAGUUUCUUGGUAAUGGCAAAGUAUCUGCGGGUCUGUUGGAAAUUAAAAAGCAGCAGUUGUUGAAUGAUCUUGAAGGUGGGUCAAUCUUCAGAGAGGUAGCCCGGUCAGAGUUUGUCACUGAUGAAUCCCCCGCUAUUGAUGUGAUAGGGGUUGCGACUGAUGGAAACAAAAUUUCUGGGGAGUUGGUGUAUACUUGUGACGACAUGGAAGGCAAGAACGGAAUCGAUGGCUCUCUUGGACGUUCUUUGAAGAUUCAAGUCAUUGAUGAUACUGCAUUGAUUGAACCCCUCUCGUUCCCUGGAAUUGUAAAUGGGGGUGACAAGGAGAUGGGAAUGGUGGCAAGUUCUACAAGAUGCUCUGAAGGAAAUGCUAAUAAAAAUGCGAAAGAAGUGGCAGAUGUAAAGAAGACUAGAGGUCCUCGGAGGAAAGGGAAAGGUGCAAAGCGAGACAAUUUAGUGCUUUUCGAUGAACCUGUAGAUGCUUGUCGAACAGAGGGUGACGGAACCAUAAGAAGGUACUUGAGGGAAGAAAUGGAGGCCCUGAGGUUUGUUAAUAUUUCAGAACAACCAAAGUUUUGGAGAAAGAUUUAUGAUGGCCUGGGCCCUGUGGCAAGAGAGUAUGCAAACCUUGCAAGCUCUAAGCAUUGGGCACAGUCUACUUUGAGCUAUCAUUGCCAGCGUCAGUCCCUUGGGAGGGCGCAGGAUCCUGGUAUUCUUGGUGAAGGGUGUAAAGAACAGGUUGGUGUUGUACUAGAGAACACAGAGGACAGUGAAACAAACUGUAUGGAUCUGGAUCCUGCUUGUGGCCAAAAUAUUAGUUGUGAAGAUGUUGAUAUUAUAGAAGAAGGGGGCGAGGAAGAUAGUGACAACAGUUAUGAAUACUUUGCUAGCAUCCAAAGACCAGCCUUUUUGGUUGAGGGAGAACCCAACUUUGAUUCUGGGCCUCCAGAAGAUGGGUUAGAGUUUCUUAGGCGGGUCAGGUGGGAAGCCGCACAGAUUCCAAAUGUGAAGGUAGCUAAGCUUGACCAGAGUAAAUUACACAAAGAACAGAGCACUUACAUGCCUGUAAUACCUGAGAUUGCCAAGUGUCCAGAGCAUUUGAUGCCACUGAAACAAUGGGAGGACGCUUUUCUUGAGGAUUUUUCAAUGUUGAGGAGGGCGUUGUCGAGUGUUGAGAGUGCCAGUGCUGAAAUUUCAGGCAAACUACAUUCUUUGAUCAAGGUUGUGCAGAAGUACCCUGUUCAACAUCCCAAAAGCAAUGCUUCAGAAAUUUUGAACGACUGUCAAACUGCUCGGGAGGUUGAUGAAGCAGUCCUUAAUCCUGGCCGGGAAUAUCUUGGCAGUGAAAAAAGUGAAGACCCCAUGUUGUUCACAAUACUUGGGAUGGACUCGGUAGCUAGGGUGUCCAUGCUCAGAAAACGCAUAGACUCCGUGGAGGCCGCGAGCCUUCUUUCAAGAAACGAUUGUCUGUGGCUCUUUGCUCUGUGCGCGGCGGUGGACACCCCAUUGGAUUCUAACACUUGUGCAUCUCUUCGGAGUUUGCUCCGGAAAUGUGCGAGCUUGCGAGCGCAGAAGGCUGAAAUGGACGGCGAAGUUAUAAUGCUGAAUAUUCUGGCCACCAUUUCCGGGAGGUAUUUCGGCCAGUCAGAAAACUGAAGCUUUUCUACUACUGCUACAGCUGUGCUCUACUCUGCAGUUGAAACCCUUAUAGUACGUUUAAGCUCAUGUUUUGUAUUGACUUUCUGCGAAUGGUGCUAGUCUUGCGGUAUGUACGAGUGCUUCCCAGGCUUCAAUUGGGUUGAGUACAUCCAUUGUUAAGGAACAAAUAUCUCAAUUACAACCCA